UCUGCUGUUAGAACCUAUUUCAAACAGGAGAUGAAAUAGCCUCAAUCCGAUAUAUAUUAUAGUUAUAGUGUUUAAUGUAAUAUAAGAAAUUGUGACGGUUUCAGCAAAGCUAUUAAUAUUAUUUCUCAUAGUCAGAUAGAUAUAGUAGAAAGAAGUUGUGAAAAUGAAAAUUGCACCUUGUUUACUGUUAUGCUUUGGACUUUUAACAGUUUGCAAUGGAAAAUGUUGGAAACGAAACAAUUGGGGAAGAUUCAAGUUUGAUUCAGCAAAUGCCAUAGAUCUUACUCAUGAAGUCAAUGAAGAUGCAGCCGUUUGGCCAACUGACUUAUCUCUCGGUUACAAGCUUAUUCAACAUGUUAAAGGAAUUGUCAGCAACGGUCCAUUCAAAUUCUUUCUCGAUUCCAACUCAUUCAGUGCUAAUACACUCACUGGAACUCAUGUUGAUGCGCCGAGUCAUUUCAACGCGGAAAGGAAUCAAGCACAAGAUAUUCAUCUGAAGGGAAUGAUAGGGCCAGGUGUAUUAAUUGACAUGACCAAAGACGGAGUUCCAAUGCCACGAGAAGCCUUGAUUACAAAAGAAGAUAUAAGAGCUUGGGAAAGGAAGAAUGGUCGCAUCCGAGAAGAUACGAUUGUUCUCUUUCGAACUGGUUACGGAGAUUUAUACUGGAAUGACAGGAAUGGUUAUUACGGAACAAAGGUUCGUGGACCAGCUGCUGCGUUAGAUCUUCAUGUACCUGGAUUGCAUUUCGAGGCCGCGGAAUGGUUGAUAAAAAAAAGAUGCAUUGCUGCCGUUGGAAUUGAUAUUUUUACUAUUGAUCGUGGACAAGAUUUAAACUUUCCAACACAUCGAGUAUUCGCGGAUGCCAAUAUUGCAGUUUAUGAAGAUCUUGCCAACCUCGACCAACUUGUAGAACAUCAGAAAAAAUUCUUCGUCUUCGCAAUGCCGCUCAAGCUUAAGGGUGCUGCUGGUUCUCCAAUCCGAAUUGUCGCCUACCCACAGUAGAAGAUUGUUCAAAUUGAUCGUACUAUUAGUACUUUUAUACGUACAUAUAUCUUUUAAUCGAAAGGACUAUUUGGAACUUACUGAUAUGCUAAAUCCCUAAUGGUGCUGUUAUUCAUAAUAAAAUGAAAUGUUUUAUUAUUUCACCGUGACAAUA